AUGAUUCUGGGCGCUCAGUGUCAAGCCACACGUGACGCCCAGAUCCACGAGAAGAAACAGAUCCAGGCAGAGCUCUCUGAGGAGGAGAAGCGUCUGGAUGCCCUGAUGGAGGUGGAGCGCCGCAAGGCCUUAGAGACUAUAGAGCAGAUUGAAGAGCUGCACAAACAGCAGAGGAUCAGCGGAAUGCAGAAAAUUUCCGACCAGAUCCGGCAACGUCUGGAGGAGAAGCAAGUGCAGGAGGAAAUAAAAGAGCAGGAGAAACAGCAGCUACGGGAAAAGCAGGAGCUAAUGAACCUGGAAGACCUCAAGGCCCUGGAGAAGAAGAGAGAGGAGCAGCAGCGUCUGCAGGAGGAGAUCAUGCGGAUAAACGCUGAGACGGUGCAAGCAAAGGACAGGAGAAGAGAGGAGGAAAAGCUGGCUGACCUGCGAGAUUUGGAAUACAUACAGAUCAAAAUGGAGCGGGAAGCGGAAUAUGAAGCAGAGCAGCGACGAAUCAAAAAGGACAAGGAGUUGGAGAUUGCCAGGCUGAGGGCCCGGCAGGAAAAAGCAAAAGACUACAAGGCAGAGCAGGAUGAGGUCCGUGCUCGGAGGAACCAAGAGAUCGCAGACCGAGAAUGGAGGAGAAAACAGAGAGAGCUUGCUGUGAAGAAAGCGCAGGAGGAGGCGAUGCUGAGGGCGGCGCGCUUGGAACAGGUCCACUGCAAAGAGCACUUCCUGUCGAUUGAGGCUGGCCGGGAAAAGGCGGAGUUUGAGAGGGUGUUGAAGGUGCAACAGGAAACUAGCAUCAAAGAGAAGGAGGAGGAGGAGAAGCAGCGUCAGAAAGCGCUCCGCCACGCAGAGGCCAUCCGAAAUCAGGUGAAGGAGCGCGAGCUGUGGGCCAUAGCUAAGCGCAGAGAGAUCUUUAAGGAGGCCGAUCGGCUGAUCGAGGAAGCCCGGCAGAGACGUGUUCGCCUCAGUGAGAUCAAAGAAAAGAAGCUGCAGGAGCUCAGGGCGACAGGGCUCUCUGAAAAGUACUGCGGGGAAGUGGAGAGGAAGGCCCGCACCUAUGCUCUCUGA